AUGGUUUCGAGAUUGCUAAAGCCGCUGAAAUCUGCGGGAGUGAUUGGAGAUGUUGUGGAUGUGUUUACUCCCUCAGUGAAAAUGAGCGUGGUGUACAACACAAACAUGGAGGUCCACAAUGGCUUUGAGUUCAUGCCUUCUUCUAUCACUUCCUCUCCUCAAGUUCAACUUCUUGACACUGAUCCCGCCACAUUUUUCACUCUGAUCAUGACGGAUCCAGAUUCACCAAGUCCUAGCGAUCCUAGCGGACGCGAGUAUCUCCACUGGAUAGUGAGCGAUAUUCCGGGAACAAAGUCUAAUUCUUUUGGUCGAGAAAUUGUGAGCUAUGAGAAUCCAAGGGCAAUAAUUGGAAUCCAUCGAUAUGUAUUUGUGUUGUUCAAGCAAAAUGGAAGGGGAACAGUUGAUCCCCCUCAGUCACGGCAGCAUUUCAAGACUCGGCAGUUUGCAGAGAGGAACGGAUUGGGAUCGCCUGUUGCUGUGGUUUAUUUCAAUGCCCGAAAAGAGACCGCGGCUAGGUUUCGUUGAACUCCAUGGAAGUCUAAUAUUUUGUUCUACUUCUUCUCUUGCUGUUGUGUCUUCAGUACUCUUCUGUCUGUCUUGUUAAACUAUUUUCAUUCUAAACUACUAAG